GGCCAAGUUAGCUAGAGAUGCGCUGUGUCUCCUUUUCUUAUCUUCAAAGGGCUUCCUGGCUCUACACCCUAAAGCGUUCCCUUUCAGUUUAUUGCUGUAGACCAGAUAGACUUCCAUGGGUCCCUACACAAGGCAGUGCAUGCCAAGCUAGCUUAACAAGGUCCCUUAGAAUGUAUGCUCCCAUUAGAUGCCUAGGUUAGUUUUUUUCAUAUCAUUAUUUUCUUGAAUUCUUUAAAUAAUAUUAAUAAGAUAGAACUUGAAACUUUCACUUGCAUGAAGAAUAAGCAUCAUUAAAUUUCAUCAGGGUUGUCAUUAAGAUCCCGGGGCUGGGGAUUUCCGCCAGCUACUUUCAUAGGAAAGAAGAAGAAAAAUAGAACCAAAAGAAAUCUCUAGCUGUUUGAUUCCCCACCUAGACUUGUUGUAUUUACCCAGAGACUUGAGAUCUUAGUGACAUCCCUGUUAAUUUAGGUCUUGUUUUUAUUACAUUUAGAAACGACAUGGCUACUAACACUUCUCUCUUGUAACAGCUGAUGGGCCUUUGAUGUACACCUCAGAAAAGGAGGGAAAUGAUGAAACUGGUGAUGGUUCUUUACAGAAACCUUUCAAAACAGUAAUGCAGGUAUUGUAAUACUGAAAUGAUAAACAAAAUUGGUUGCUAGCCCUGUUUUUCAUCAGAGACAAUGAGAAUCUACCUUAUUGGUGCCUUAUUUCGCGGAUACUUAAUUUUGCAACUUUGGCGACUGUGGAGACAGUAUUUCAUGGUUUAUUUUCGGGAUUUAUACGUUCUCAACUUCAUUUUCUUUUUUUAAAAAGUCUGAACCUUUAAGAAAAUUAGAUAAACUGGAACAAGCAAUGUGUGAAAUCUUUGGAAACUAAUCUUAUUUCACAAUGGAAGAUACAAAAUGGAUCUUACCAGUAAAACUAGAAAGCAAUUUGUGUUUGUCAAGACCUACCAUUGCUAUUACAUUUAAAUUGUUAUUUGAAUUCUCUAUACGGGUAUUAAAUUCUGCAUGCUUUUAAUUUCACGAGGAUUUAUUUUUGCUGAUCUUUAAUUUUGCGAUUUUCUCAUAAUCGCAAAAAACACGAAUAAUUAAAGACCCGCGAAAUUAAGUACCAGUAAGGUAGGUUAACAUGACAACAGGUUUGACAACACAUUUUUACCAACAACUGGGUUUUACUGUAAAAUUCGAUAAUAAGCCCCUCCGCCCCCAAACUGUAGAAAGGCAAAAACCCUCCGUCAAAUCGCCCCUCGAAUAUGUUCCAGGGAAGUACCCUUACAAAGCAAAACAAAGAAAAAAAGUAAAAUUUUUUCAACAAUACUGAUUUUAAACUGCUGCUUCCAAAAAUAAGCCCUGGGUUUGAAAAACAUCUUAUUUUGUAAUCUUUGUAAGGGGUUUUAGGAAGGCUUUUAUACAGAGGGUCUUAUAAUCAAGGGGGCUUAUAUCUUGAAUAGAAAACUUGCUUCAAAACAAGCUAUGGUAGAGUUUGUUGAUUUUUAAAAAAAAGUUUUCCAUUUACUGGUCUUUAAAUUACACCUCAAAAAAUCAUUACAAAUCAAAUCAAGAAAAGAAAAGCUAGAGGGGGGCUUAUAAUCAGAUGAUUUUUUGUUCACUAUAGUCAAUUAGAUGGGCCUAUAACAGCGUGCAAAGAAAGUCGUGUCCGACAGCCCAGGGCUAGUGGAUUUUGCGAUCGGGCUAGUGAAUUUGUGCUUAACUUACCCGACGGGCAAGCGAAGAUUUUUCGGAGAAUUAAAAUUACAAAAGUACUGGUUGUAAAUACAGCAUGAACCUCUAUUUUAGUAUGGACAUUUUCCCAAGAGGUUAACUAUUAAUAUGUAGUUUUUAGGAUUGUGUUCAAAGAAAAAUGUUUGUCUGUUAUUUGGAAAAACAUUACUUUUUUCAUUCUGUACUAGUGUGUGACCAACUUAUAGUUUUUUCGGUUAUUUAUUGCUUUUUUGUUAAAUAACUACAGCUGAUUGUAAUGAAUAAAUGAAGCCAGUAUUUUUUUUAACUUACAGUGUAAUUAAGAAAGGAAUAAUUAAUAAUUAUUUUUUCAUUCUGCUCGUGACAAUUUUUUUUCGGGCUGGUAAAAAUGAUUUUCGGGCCAGUAGAUGUUAGUUACAGCUUGCCCGAAGCCAAGCUGUAAAAUUAACUUUCUUUGCACCCUGCUAUAACAAGGGGGGCUUAUAAAUUUGGGGGGUUUAUAGGUGGCAGUUUUUGGUAUUCAUAGUGCCAAGUUUGGUGAAAAGAGGUUACAUCAAGAGUAUGCAGAAAGCAUAGUAUUAAUUAAGGAAUAUGUUUUUGUGAUUUUGUUUCAUAGGCCUUACGUACCUCUGAAGGGAAGGAACCUUUACCUCAGAUUAUGGUGGAUGGCAAAGAUGAAGGAGAGGUACGAUGGUGAAUUUUCAAAUUGUAACAGUUUUGAGUGGCAGUAUUUGUCAAAUUCAAGGUUCCAAAAGGCCUUUCUGUCGUAGGUUUUAGUUCACAAAUGAAUUUCAGGUUAAAAUGGUUUCAACCCAGCUUGAUUCUCAAGUUUCGCUGCUUCCUAACCAUUAUUAUUCAUGACUAUGAGUAGUAAUUGUUAGGGUUAAGAAGCCAAGGAACUUGAGAAUCAACCUAAAGUGUAAGUUGAUACCAUUUUUACCUGAAUUUCAUAAUUUGACCUACCAGUUUUACAUAAACUAUUAAAAUAAAUUUUAAUUUAAUGGCUGAUUAUGCAUAUUUGCCUCCCGUUAAAGCAUAUUAUUCUCCCCCCACCCCACCCCUCCUACGUACAUGUGUACAUGUAUGAGCAGUGUAAGGUGGUCAGUGUAGCACAGUAAAUUAUGCAUCAACUCCAGCCAUUUUUUCUUACAUAAUUUGUACAUGUCAGUUGUGUCAUAUAAUCAUGAUUAUUAUUUCAGAGAUACGAAAAGCUUGCAAAGGCCCAGCUAAAGAAACUGAGCAAACUUUAUGCUCAAGAGAAAAAGAAAUCUGAAGACAGGGAGAAAAAGGAGGUUAGUGUAGAUUAAACCAAGGUUGUGGACCUUUCUGUCUCUGAUAAUCAGUUUAGGAGAGGUGUGAUGUAGUUCCAGCCUUUGGACAAAUAUCACAAUGUUAUGGCUUUGAGGUGAAACUUCUUUGAUGUUACUUUUGAGUAGACAUUAAUUUUGUCACUAGAAUUGCUUUUUUUACAAAAUUAAAUUUGGGGCUUUAAAAUACAGGUAAUCUGGAAUCUUUUGCUCUUAUAAGUAACAUAAAGUACAAUGGAAAAUCCUAGAUGGGUUAUAGUCCAUCACAAGGUUACCCCCAGCUGUAUUUCGUUUAAUUUUUCCUUGCUUAUGUAACUUUUUUUUUGACCUUCGCCCACCUGCCCCCAUAACUUUUCUAAUGGUCCAUCCCUUACUUUCAGAUUAUUAUAGCCAACCAUCGUGGGUGCUACAUUUGGGUUGUUACUAUUAUGAUUUAUGCCCUAAUUUCUUUUGUUUUGUUUUUUUUUAAGGCUGAAAAGGCUCAACAGAGGGAAAAGAAUCUUGAAGAGGCUAAGAAAAUUACAAUAAAAGAAGACCCAAGUUUGCCCCCUGCCCAGAGAGUAAGUUCUUCACCGAUCAGUAUCUUUGGCCAGGUUGAAGUUGCCUGUUAUUAUUUUGUUCUAACUAGAAAAUACAAUGUAGAUGUAAUCUAGUGCAUACUGAUAUAACUGACUCUUAUACUGAAUUCAAGGCAGGUCUUGAUUCUCAUUUGCGUUGUAUCACAGAUAGGAAUAAAAGAUUCAGUGACACAUCGUGACCAGAGGGUAAAGGUGUUUGGCUGGGUGCACAGGCUUAGAAGACAAGGCAAAAAUCUGAUGUUUUUAGUUCUUAGAGAUGGAAAUGGUUUCCUUCAAUGUGUUCUGUCAGAUCAACUGGUAAGCAUUCGCAAUUUAUUUUAACAGAUCAGUAGCUUAAAAUGGGCAGCGGGAAUGGGAAAAUGAACCAUGAAAUGAUACAUGAGAUAUGGGUGUUAAAAUUUGAAAUGUGUGAUGAUCGAAAUCAGCGGAAGGUGGAUAAAAGGUGGGAAAUCAGACUUUUUCUUUUUACUAAACAGAAUUUUGAAGAUAAUAUAUUAUAACUGGGGCCCUUAUAAUACAAUGCAAAAUUAGUUAUUAACAUAUGUACCUCAGAUUUUUAUUUAGCAAAAAUUGCAUAAGUCAUGUUUACCUUUCUUUUUCAAUUUUAAGUGCCAGACUUAUGAAGGUGUAACACUAUCUACCGAAGCAUCUGUAUGUCUUUAUGGUGUCAUCAAAGCACUUCCAGAAGGAAAAACAGUAAGCAUUCUUGUUUUCUAUUGUAGUUGUUUAUGAUAAUGAUGGUUACAUUGGCUGUUUUGCUGUAAAAGAAUAAUAUUAUUGGUAGAUACAAUAAAUGUUGAGGUGCAUAUAAAGGAUAUUACAUGGCCGUGUGGAGAUACAAACUUUCUCUUUGAGUGUUGAAAAAUAUUUCACGAGUGAGCGCAGCAAACACGCGAAAGCUCACCUGGUAUUUCAAGUGGGGUUUAUAUAGUAAAAUGAGGUAGUUAUGUUUUAAAUUCUGUCAAGAGAUUAGAAGUCAGCUUUUUGCAUUAUAAUUAUGUUUUAUUGUCCAGGCUCCAGGAGGACAUGAAAUGGCCGUGGACUACUGGGAACUAGUAGGAGAAUCCCCUGCUGGUGGCGUUGACAAUCUUGUGAAUGAGGUUGGUUAAUCUGAAAGCGAUAAACUCUCUGUUGUGGCACACUGAAAUAUAACAUAAACAGCCCCCUUCAAUAUCACCCUUUAAGCCUUAAGAGUGAUCAUGAGAAUAAAAAUAAUUUCUCCAUGUACAUGUAAUACCAGUGCUUCAAAUUGACCACUCCAGAAAAUGCCAUAACAUACAUGUACCAUAGUGCUCUUUGUUUGUCACCCCAAAAUUUUGCAUAAACAUUGUCUUCAGUUUCUCUUGGGAGUUAAAAUGGCCCCAAGAGGAACUGAAAACAAUGCUUAUGCAAAAUUUUGGUGUUACAAACAAACAGCAUUUCGGUCUGUUAUGGUCUUUUCUGGAGUGGUCAACAGCAGAGGGAUCACAAGGGUUUUAUCGAACGUAAGAUGACAUUUUAACAACUUUUCUCCACUUUCCACUGUCUUUCUUUUAGUUUUCUUCUCAAUUUCAGCUUCAUUUGUGCUUUUUUUUUAGUUAUAAGAACUGAUUGUGUUAUAACAAAACAUUUUUUCUGCUCUUUUAAGGAAUCUGCUAUAGAUACUCAGCUUGAUAACCGGCACAUCAUGCUCAGGGGAGAUACAGUAAGACGGUUUAUGUUGCAUUUAAAUCUUAUACUGCUCAAAAACUAGUAUUUUAAUUGACCCUAGGAAUUAUAAUAACAACCUGAGUAUUGGUUAAAAUGCAUUAGUACACUUAUUGUACAACUGUAGGUAAAAAAAAAACAAGAAUUAAAUGGAAAUGGCUCCAACUACAGAAUUAUGUGCAGAUCUUUCAGUUACUGCACUGGCCUGAAUGCUGUGACUAAAAUUUUGUACAAAAAACUGAGCAAGCAAGAAGCUAAGCCAAAAUAUUAUGUUUUAAUGUAUUUGCCUGGUCAGAGGCAAGUAAUAUUAUCAGCUCUUUUUACUACCUAUCAUAGAAUUUUGAUGAUGUGGGGUAUUUGUCAAGUUACAUGUACCUGUAGUUCCCCAUAAUUAAUUGUGCAACACAACUCCACUUGUACUUCACUGCAGCUGUGACUUAAUUUUCAUUAACACUUGGUGGUAAUUUAUUCUAGAUUUCAAGAAUCCUGAGAAUGCGAUCUACUGUUACUCAGUGGUUAGUUGUCUUGCUCUUACAAAAAUAAAUACUCAUUUUGAUAUUGUUGAUCUACCUUAUCCCAAAAAUAUAUUACUUGUCUGACUCGCGUGAAAAUGAAAAUGUGUAGCACCAAAGAUCAGUAGCAUGACAACUUUAUCUGUAGCUUAAAAAUGAAACUUGUGUUGCACAUUAUUUUUUUUCAACCACGGAGCAUACAUGUACAGUAUUUGAAUUUAUGAAAUCUGGACAAAAUAUAUCAUUAUAUUCCUAGACUUUCACUCAACUAAACAGGGACCUCCAUUGGUUGAUUCUUGGUCACAUGACCUUGACUAAAAUCAAAUCUCUGACUGCAUUUUCCUCUUUUCUUUUUCAUUCUUUUAUUGACUUUUAGUUUUAGAGACCAUUAUUUUGAUCACAGUUAUGUUGAGGUAAGAAAUUACAUUACAUUUAACUCUUGCCUUGCAAUACCCCUGCAGCUCAUAGAGAAACCUUAAUGAUAUGGACAGUAGCCAAAUUCCCAGCAAAAAUAAUGAUUCACCAUUUUUUGACUAAAAUAAAUUCCAGCUAUUCCAGAAUUCGAAUCUCCUUACUGAGGACACUAACUCAUAUAUGGUCCUGAAAGCAUUGGCAGUAAUAGGAGUUUGACUGUAACAAUAUUGUGACUUUUAAUUAAAUACCAUAAAUGAUCUAAAGACUAAUGUAAACCCUCUCAUAGAUGAACGUCUCUUCUGCAUGACACUUGCUCCAAAAUGCUAGCUAGGAAAUAGUAAAAUAAAGGAAAAUCAUUCAAUUUAUUUAGAUUCUCCCUUGAUUAACAAGAUUUUGUGCAUUGCUUCUUGUUCACUGUCAAGUUCAAAUUAAAGAUUCAGACAUCGAAGUUGAGAUUAAAAAAAAGGCUUGGCGCACGCUACUGGUGUACACGAGCGUAACACCGUGCCUUACGCACGAUUCGCGCUCAAGAAAAGGCACGGUUUUUGUGCCAAAGCACGGGAAAAAAACAUGCAAAGGCACAGAUUAGGCACACUUUAGGCACAGUUAAGGCACGUUUUAAAUAUUGCUAAGGCACACUUUAGGCACAGUUUGGGCACAGUUUUGGCACGGUUUAGGCACGGUUUGGGCACAAAUAUUCAACGCUGGGCACUUUUUUGAAAAUCUUUGUAACCCGACUUGCAAAAAAGAACAAACUUGGUACGAAUUACAAAAAUAAUUCAGAUCAAACACGAUACAGUUAGAAGUAUAGGAACUGUAAGUUUUGAGCCGCGCCGAAAGUCUGGAAAAUUAAAGUAUUCUUCGACAGUCCGUGUUUACUCCGAGGAUAAAGUGGAAAUUCACACGCGAUAUAUGCGGUCUGAACCUUUUCGAUUGCCAUGCAAUUUUAUAGACUCGCUUUCUUUCGUUUCUAAAAGCUAAAGAAGUGAGGCACAAAAAUAUAGCCAAUAAAACCCGUAGAAAAUACUUUUUGCGAUCGCGGUAAAAUUGGCCUGAAUUUGCAUAACAACAUGAAAAGUACAGAGUGGUAAUUUGAAACCUUCAUGCCAACGCGUGUUAUUUUGAAGUACAAAAUGCGGCUGCUUUUUAAAAAUAUUUCUCUAACUAAAAAAGUAGGAUUUACACUGUAGUAAAAUAAUUCAAGCUGCUUGUUUGUUUUUGUUUUCUGGCUCUGUUAGCAAAUUAAGCUUUGAUCGUAUAAUAAUCGAUGAGACGUGCCAUUUAUUUCAUCAAAACUCAUCGGCGUGCAAUCAAUUUUUUCGUUUUCAUUUUAUAAGUCAUAUCACAAGUAAAUUCUUUUUUUGAAUGCAAAUCUGCCCUCCUGAAAAAAACAAAUAUUUCGUUCCAACUAAACGCUCCAUUAAGAAGGGGAGAAGAAACCUACUUGGAAAUUUUUUAACAUCGAUGAAAUUAGCAUAAUAUCAACAAUGUAAUAUUUUUGCAUGCUGAGCACUUACUUUAAAUACGCUAACCUGUUUAAGAUUCCAUUUUCCUGUUUGUCGGGGCUUUCCCUGCUGUCUCUAAUCGUAUUCUGAGUCAUGUUAUUUCUUAUUAGGGGAUAAAAAGGUCGUCAGACCGUGUUUCUAGACUUCGUAAACCUCAAAACUGACAUAAUUGCCGUGCGCCCUUUUCGUUCGCUAUGGAGCUCGAUAGGCUGGACACGAUUUUCCGAGUGACUCAAUAUUUUGGCACAACUUGUGCACAGAUUAGGCACAGUUUGGGCACAACUUAGGCAUGGCUUAGGCACGUUUUUCAAAACUAAAAUGCACACUUUAUGCACAUCUUAGGCACAUUCUAGGCACAAAAUCUUUAUGCCAAAGCACACUCUAGAAUCCGAUUUUCGGUCCAACGCACGGUUUACUUAAUUUUCACGUUAAAAAAUGCUGUCUAACCUUACAUAUUUGAUCUUAGCGUAAAAAUGGGUUUCCAAUUCUUAACAGUUAGUCUAUAAGGAAAAUUUAACUUAUGAGCAUUCAAAAAUUAUUAUUUCUUCUCUUAACAACAACAGAAAGUCAAUGAAAAGCAAUCUUUUAAAUUGACGUUCGCGCUGCACAGAGAUCGUAUGUAGACAGAACAUCUUUCUGAAAACGCCCUAAACUUUGUUGUUUUGCCAUUAUGUUCAGUAAUUUUUAAUACAGUUAGUACUCAUAAGUCACUGACCUCUUCGGAGAAAUUUUUCCAAAGUACCAUUAACAGAAACAGAGAAAUCCACAAUAUGCGUGGUUAGACUGUAAAUGUUACGCGAGCUGUUAAAAAAUGGUCCCAUUUUGAGCCAUAUUUUUCAUAUUUCAAUUUUAUUUUGGUCUUACAGCCAGGAAAAAAAUACUCAAUGAAAAGCUGUUUAUAAACUUUAACUUCUUGCCAAAUAUCGAUGCGAUCUGAGUUUUAAUAAGUUCAUAAGAGCCAAACGAUGUGAGAUUCUUAGCCGUGUACACCAGUAGCGUGCGCCAGGCCAAAAAAUAAUGAAUCUUAAAUGACAUAGCGGUAUCAAUGGAUGGAGUGGUUAGUCUGCUAUUUAUAUACUGUGGUUUUCACCUAAAGUAUUAUAUUACAGUUUUGUUGAAUUUGUUACAAUUAUGAGAAUAAAUUCCUCUCUCUUUUGCGUGUAUAAACUCAUCUUAUCUAUUUAACUCCCUUGCUCGGGCUUCUAAAAUUAAAUAGAUGCCUGGGGCAUUUAUUUGAGCAUUUAUGAUAUUAUUAAAGUUACUACAGUAAACUGGUGGUGAGAGAAAAUUUCUCAUACACUUAUAUCUUAAAAUUCUUGCUGGAGUCAACUCUGCGCUGUCUGCAGAGCCAUUUAUCAUUAUUUUUCUUAAUGCACUGUUUUAUUCAUUCACAGGUCACUCCACCCACAAUGGUCCAAACACAAGUUGAAGGAGGUUCUACUCUCUUUGAAUUUAACUAUUUUGGUGAAAAAGUAAGUGUUCAUUUUUUUUUUUUUUUUGAUAAAGUAAGUACAGUUUUAUGGAAGCGGUGUAAGUUGCUAAUCCUCUCUGGGGUACAUGUACCAACAUCUCACUUCUAAGAAGCUUGUGAGUGCAAUGAGUAUGUUCAUGAAAGGUAUCUUUGUAGCAAAGUGGAGAUUCAUAUGGCUAACCCUCUUUGUAAUUUUGCAGUUUUUGAAUUUCAGUUUUACAUGUACGUGUUUGUUAUUCUUGUUGUUGUUGUUAGUUUUAGUGUUGUUUUUAAUUUACUGGUACUGACAUUUUGUUAAGUUUCCAAUAAUCAUUACAACCAUUGUGACUGUAUUAUUCUUUAUGAAGGCCUACUUGACGCAGUCCUCCCAGCUGUACCUGGAAACACUCUUGCCAUCACUGGGUGAUGUAUUCUGUAUAGCACAGUCAUACAGGGCAGAGCAGUCACGCACUAGGAGACAUCUAUCAGAGUAUGUCUGUUGUCCUUACUUUACUGAAGCCUGCACGAAAGGCAUCCAAGGGUUAUGGGAGGAGGGGAAAGGGAUAGGGGAUUAGGGAGAGAGGAAAAAGCUCCCUUUCUCUUUUCCCUUUUGCAUUUCUUCUUUUUUAUUUCUCUCCCCUGGCACCCCCCUCUCCUUUUUAAGCCUGCCACUCAGGCUAACUUUUCUGCCACAACAGCUCCAAAGUAAGCCGAUGACUUUCCUAUAUGGAGUGGUUCUACAUUCAUCAAUGAAAUAUAUUUAUACAUGUGUAAUAUGGAUGAAAAGUGAAAGUACAAGUUGGUAUAUGAUAUCAAAAGCUAUAAUUCAAACAAACAAACAAAAGCACAAUCAAACAAAUGCAAUCUAAUCUAGAUUCGGCCUUAGUUUUAAAUAAUUUAAAAACUUUUCUCGCAAAUGUUUUAACAUUAGUCUUAAGUUUGAUGUCAUUUGGCAGACUGUAGAAUAACUUGGAGGCUGGAUCUCGAAAAGUUCCUGUUUCAGGAGACAUGACCAGUUGCAAUAUAGCUUUUGCAUGUAGAUUCCUGGUAGUUUGACAUCUCUCCAUAGUUAAAUAGCUCGGCCAGUCGAGUAUCAUAUAGGGCUGUAUGGGUUGUCCUUAAUAGAUGAAAUUGGUUUCUCUCCUUAACAGGGAGCCAUCCAAACACAAUAGCAUCAGCCAUUUUUGUGUAACGGUUGAUAACAAAACUUGCAACGCAUCUUUGAACUGGCUUAAUUUUGCUUCAAGGUAUUGCGGUAGUGGAUACAAUACAGGAUUCUGUGUUUUUUCCUGAUUUCAGAUAUACUCAUGUAGAAGCAGAAUGCCCCUUCAUUUCAUUUGAUGAUCUCCUAGACAGGAUAGAAGACUUGGUACAAAUUUUUAUUUAUUUACUGUUUUUAUUAUUAUUUUUUCCUUUUGAGUUUUCCACCUUAAUUACUGGUCUGUGGCUUUUAUUUCCUGUCCAAUGAAUAAUGCGUAAUUAUGGUUGCGCUGAUCAAAGCUUUGUUUAAUAAAAUUAUGAUAGAGAAUGAGGUUUUAUCAACUAACUUAAGCAAGGCUCAAAGCUUCCGUUAUAGAAACCAUGAUAUAAACCGAGUUAAUAGCGCCAAACUUAUAUUAUGUUUUUCUUCCCCUCAGACUAAGCCCUAUAUUUCCCAUAGAAAUAAACGUUCAAAGUAUACCCCUUUAUCCAUUUUUUUUUUCCAUUCCAGGUUUGCGACGUUGUUGAUAGAGUUCUGAAGUCUCCCCAUGCAGAAAUACUCAAGGAACUGAAUCCGGUGUGUAAUACCCAGGGCUUAUUAUUAUGUUUAGAGUGUAAUUAUUUGUCUUAAAUUUAUCACAAGCAAAAUAAAGGAAAAGAUGGUGGCUCACAUUUAUCUUAUACAUCUACUAUAUACCUUCGUUAAGUUUUAAAUAAUCAUUUUAGAUGUACAUCAGCUACACCCAUCUCUGGUAAAAGUGGCCAAGUUUUCGUUAAUUUUACGUUACUCAAACUGCAACCUCCUUAGAAAGUAAGAGAAAGUAAAGUUGGUAGAGGGUUGGGGUGUUACAAUUCUCCAUUGAACCUUAGCUUGGUAAAUACAGUUUCUUCUUGUCGCUCCAAUUUUGGCCCAGCAGUUGCUGAUUAUCUUGUCGGUAAAAUCUAAAACUUAUUUAAUACAUACUUUGAUAAUUAGGUUAUACUAUGAUAUAAGUCUGUAGUACUCUUAAUUGUCCGGCCAGCUGGAACAUCGAAAAAAUUUUCCAUCUUUGUUGUUAACUUAACUUUUCUUUGUUGCCAAAUAAAGUGCUGUUGGUAAUGACUUUACCUCUAAAAAAUUUCCUGUAAUUUGGUACAAAUUUCGAGUUGUCGAUUCACUAUUAUGAUAAUUUAUGUAUUUUUCCAUCAUUAUAAACUGUCUUUUAGAAUUUCAAGCCUCCAAAGAGACCUUUCAAGUAAGUUCAUCGAGUGCUGUCAAUUGAAUAUCCAGGUUUCUUUGUACUCGGAGUUCUCAGAGAACUCACUUCACAGCCACCAUUUAUUUUAUUUUGUCGCAGGAGAAUGAACUAUUCUGAUGCUAUCGUGUACUUGAAGGAGCACAACAUCAAAAAAGACGAUGGAACGUUCUAUGAAUUUGGAGAGGUAUGAUGUAAUGUUACAUUGACCACGUCUUAGUUCUUACCACACAUGUCAAAUACAGAUAUGUCUUCAGAUUUCGUGUGUUGCGACUGCACUCUCUCCAUUAAAUGGAAAAUUCUCCGUGUCAACGAAUUAAUAUUAAAAUUUAAGAAAGAAACUUUAGAUUCCAAUUCGGUAUGAACAAAUAAUUGUAAUGCAAAUUUUUUAAAAAAAUUGCUGCUUACCACCAUUUUGAAUUUUGACCACAUAUUUUGUUACCAUGGCAGCAUGCAGGAAAUUCAAAAUGGGGAAAAUAGCCAAAAUUUUUAUCUGCUACAUUAAAAUUUUGUUUCAAUUUUAAUAUACAAAAUACAACUACAGUGAAACCUGUAUUAAGUGGACACCGUAUUAAGCGGACACCCUCUAUUAAGCGGACAGUAGCCGAAGUCCCCAAAUUUAUUUCCCUUAUUUACUUUAAAUGAAACCUUUAUUAAGCGGACACCUCUAUUAAGCGGACGCGGACACCUAAAAAGUACCUAAAAAGGGCCAUUUCUAUUGUUGCCAACCUGUAUUAAACGGACACUUGUAAUUAAAUUCCACCACCCAACAUGCCAGACACCGGAAAUGCGAAAGAUUGCCUCGAAUAGCCACCCACAAAUUUUUCGAUUUUUACAUUGAAAAACGUGACUUGACGAACUUAUUUGAUUAGUUUUCACAGUACAGGAUUGUUUUCUAUUUCGUUUUGUUUGUAUAGAGCUUGUUUCACUCAUCUGAUUUCUUCAAAUUUGAGUUGCAAUCCAUGUUUAUGGUACUAUAGUCAAUUGGUUCACUUUGAUAAAGAAAUUAAUGCAAACGUCUAUCGUCAUAGUCUCUGGGAGUAUUAUAAACGCUUCCACUAUUCAUUUGAAUGGCAUUUGACACCUCAUAUGACGUUAUAUAUCGAAACCUGUAUUAGGCGGACACCCUGUAUUAAGCGGACACUACAGCAUUCCCCGAGGGUGUCCGCUUAAUACAGGUUUCACUGUAGUCUUCAGUAAAAGGAUUCCCAAUCUUAAUUUUCACCUGUUGUUGUUGUUAUUGUUAAGGGAGGGGGCAAAAUCAAAUUAGAACAAAAUUAAUGUCAAUACUCUAUUUUUGUCUGCUGAUUUUGGACUCUUCUUUUUCUCUUGCAGGACAUUCCUGAGAUGCCUGAGCGAAAAAUGACAGAUCAAAUCAACGAGGUACUCGAACUUGGGUUUCUCAAUACGUCAUUUUAAUAGGCUUGCUUAUUGAUCCUUGAUUAUAUUAUUUUUCAUAACCUAGCCAAUCCUGCUGUGUCGUUUCCCUACGGAAAUUAAGUCCUUCUACAUGUUCAGAUGUCCAGAAGAUAAGCGUGUCACGGAAUCGGUAAGUACAUAACCCCCCAUGCUAUGAUCGUCAUCAAAAGUGUUGGGAAGGCUGCUACUUUUUUCUCUUUUUUGCUUCUUCCCCUCACCCCUGGCCCAAUGUCGUGUGCGUAAUUGUCAACUCCUGAUAACUCGAACCUUCUAGGGAAAUCGAAAAGGUUAUCGAGAGUUCAAAGCAAAUAAGCAAAUGGAUGGGGUGGGGGGGUUCAUGAAAGUGUCAUGCACACUUCACUUCAGGGGCAGCGAGAGAUUAAUGAUUAAUAUUUUUGAAAAGGAGUUAAGAAACAAAUCUUGAUUAAUGUACAGAUAUGGACAGGAAUUUGAUAUGCAGUAACAAAAAAGUGAAGACAAAGAAUUGACGCGGUUGUUUUGGAAUAAAUUCAAUGUUUCGGAGUUCUGUACAAUGUUUUAUUCUCCGACUUGUUACCACCUUAACACAUGGUUCGAGUCACCAAGGGUAAAGUUAUAUAAAAAUGAUCUGAAGGGAAACAGAAAGUACUUCGAGUUUGCGGGAGCUUCGAGUUAGCGAGGGUUCGAGUUACCUUGGGUAAAAUUAUAGUAAAUGUAUGAAGGAAAUCCAAGGGAAGUCGACUUUGGUUCGAGGUAGCUCGAGGUUCGAGUUAUCGGGAGUCGACUGUACUGUUAAGUUGUACAACCUUCCCAACUACUUUUGUCGUGGAUUGUAGUUUGUAACUGAAGUUAUGGCAGCCAUCGCAUAAAAGGGCUUCCUGACGAGAAGUGACUUCUUUAGCGCAGAAGAUACAAUGAAAACUUUCCAUAACUAGUUGUCGACUGAUCGUGAAGCUAAGUUGAAUGAAAUGAACAGAACUUGCAGCCCUUUAUAUACUGUAGUGCCCAGUAGCAGCGGAUCAAAAUCACAGCAAUGUGAUUGGUAGUCGAUUAGAUACGGCACCACUGAUUUGUCGUUUUCCACUAAAUAGGUGAUAACUAACUCUAAUUAAGAUAACAAUAGCGCGCGCGUGUUUCCUACGAGGUAAGCUGUAUGAAACAAAACCCGCACCGAACCACACGCGUGUAAGCGAAGAGGACGAACAAUUAUCCUAAAGGACUAGGUUUAAAUAAAGGAACUUCAAAAUGGCGGUCUGUUUGUACCCAAUCGACUUGUCUGUCCAUUUGAUUAAGAAAUAUACUUUAGCGGUUAAUAAGCUGUGAGAGUUCACAUCCAAUAAUUUACGCAUACAACGAGUAAGUAAUGUAGUAUUCUGAAUCGUGUAAAUGUUUGUAACGUUAAAUUUCAGACCCAAUAAUUUAGGCAUAACGUUAGUAUUCUGAACUGUACAGUCAAAACGUAGGUUGACAUAUCAAUGUUUAUAACGUUUGCGAAUUGACUUCUAAACGAUUGCGAACUGACUUCUACACGUUUGCGAACUGACCAGAGACGUUUGCGAAACGACCGUUAGCGAAACGACUCGUUGGCGAAACGACCGGUUUCCGAACAAAAGCCUUUUCCUUUGCUGGGAAGUAAACUCUUUCCAUGCAAAUUCUGCGAAAAAAAUAUAUUGUUUUGCCACCUUAUCGCGUGGUUGCAAACAAACCAAGAUUGUUGAGAAAUAUGUUUAGUGUGUUGAAUUUGCCAACGUUUCCAGAAAAUGAGCAGAGGAGAAAGCACCUUGUAGUACGUAAUUUAUUGCCAGCACUUAUCUCCAAUCCUGGUCACUGAGUGCGGUCACAUAACCAAAGGGAACUAAAAAUGCUGAUAGUGGAUUUUCAAAAACUUUGCUGUAUUAAUAGAAAGAUUAAGCUUGACGUAAACAGCAAACGUCAGAUUCAGGUUGAGAAUUUCUCAAAAUAGAGCAUGAGAAAUAAUGAACAGUGAACGACAAGUAAAGGGGAAACUUGGUCACGUGGUGCAAAUUCGCGGUUACCGUUUGACCUAAACAUGAUGCUUAACCUCUCUAAUACCCCUGGUGGUGGUUACUGCGAGCAGUCAAUUAAGUCCCAAACUGAGAGGCGUUCUCCUUUGUAUUGUAGCAACUAGAACAAACUCUAAAACGUUGAUUCUCUGUUUCUAGGUCGAUCUAUUGAUGCCUGGUGUUGGGGAGAUUGUUGGUGGGUCAAUGAGGAUGUGGCAUUAUGUAAGUUUGUUGUUUCUUUAGCCAAUAUCUUGUUCAUUGUCCAUUUUAAAGUUUCAUCUGAGACUCGAUCCGUGUUGACAGUUGUACCCAAUUACACUUCGAGACUUUUAACGGGGUUCGAAUCUAGACCCAAUUUCCUGGGCAGCCUUGUAAUUCCCACUUUCGCAUUCCCCAUAAUACUAACUUUUUUGGUAAAAAAAGGGAAAAUGAAACUUUCCAGGGUGUCUUUUUUUUAGAACACGCAUAAAAAACUUUAAGUUAAAUCUCGUACUCCUACUCGUUCUCGUCCUCAAAUCUGAAGCUCUCUAAUAUUCUAAAGUACUACAGUGAAACCCAGUCUUACAACCAGGCUUUUGCACCUAUCAAUGUAAAGCUUGCGGGGGGGGGGGGGGGGUAUGGGGGGGAUUUGAUUGUCUUUGUUGAUCUAUUCUUGUUCUUCCUGGGGAGGAUAUAUUUCAAUCUUUCUUCGCCCGAAGUGCUCUGGGAUCAAUUGAACGUUUCAAGAUCUUUUAUUGCGGUAUCAAAGUAACCGGAAGCUUUAUUUUCAAAACGGAAAACUCCUCCAGGUUGAAAACCAGCAGGGAGGGUUAAUUUUCAAGAGACCUUUGACCUGAGAAAGAUAAAACAUUUACGAUUUUGGAUCUGUUUUAUUUUCGUGACCAUGUUUGUAGAUAAUGUCAGUAAUCAAGAACAAUGCGUUAAGACUUUUAAAAAUAAAUUUUAUUUGGUACCAUUCACAAAAGAACCUAACGUCACAUUUUUAUACAUGAUCUUAUAAAUCCAUGGGACAUAAGGUUAAUGCUUAAGUUUUUUAAAUGAACACAAUGCUGUACGAGACUUAAAUUUUUUGAUACUUUUGUCGCAUUUCAAUAAAAGAUUUCAGUUAUUGCUUAGUGCGGAGGUAGGGAAAUUUUUGUUCCUUUGACUGGAAUAAUUUGCCCGUGGGCGUAGAUUGUCAAGUCCUCCAGCCCUUUUCUUUUCGAAAGGGUGCUAAUUCUCAUCUCUUCAACUAUGUUUUGCGCUAUUGCUAUUUCAGGAUGAGUUGAUGCAAGGAUACGAACGAGAAGGAAUCGAUCCAACGCCUUACUAUUGGUACACUGACCAGGUAUGUUACGAACCUACGAAUUUGUUAGAUCAAGCAACCAUUGUUCGUGUUUGUUACUUAAGGAAGUUAUUGUGAGCGACCAGAGGAGCCCACAAUCCUAAUCUACAGGUUGCUUUUACGCAUGAGCGGAACGUAUGUAGUUGGCAUUUGUUAAAGCAUUUGGGCUUUGACUAAGAAUGAAUGGAGUGCAUUGAACCCAAUCUGAUGAAGCGCGUUUGGACCUUCUAUCACUCGUAAUCUGAUUACGGGCGUUUUGUUCUUCUAUCACAUGAAACUUUCGCAAAGCACACCACAGAAGUCGUGAGCGUUUUUACCUUCGAUCUAUCUCGCCUGCGCUCCAUAAAGUUUGGUUUUUACUAACAGUAAGCCAAUUGUUUCUUCGCACUAGUAAGCCAAUCAGAGCUAAGUAAAUGCAAGCAGCGGGAGCUAGUUGCGGGAAAACGCACGCAACCUGGUCAGAAUUGUUUUGGUUUCAUCACGGAUUGGUUACAGAGAAGUGCCAUGUGAUUUUCAGCCAAUCUCAGAGUGCAACAAUUCGAUACCAAAACACUGUUAAACCAUUCACAGUUAACUUGUUUUCCCGCGUGCGAUUGGUGACGUCUAUUUCCGGGGCCUAUUUCCCUUUCGUAAACGGUCUUUACCAUUUUUUACGGACGAUGCCACCCCUGUUACCUAACGACGACGGCGACGAGAACGGCAUAAAAUCAAUAGGUUAAGAUUGGCAAAACAACAACUUUGCACGUGCAUCGUGCAUUUUUGGUACACUUCUUUGCCGUCAUUGCACGCCGACGUGAUAAUGCCUAAUUUCACGUUUGUGGAGGACGUGAACACAAGGCGACGACUUUCGUUCGGCCACUCGCUUGGGACCUCUCCUCCAAACGGUAAAUCCUAGAUUAGCCUGCGUAGCAGGCGCUUGGAAGUAGUGGACACAAGAAAAAACAGGCGCGCGAGAAGGAGCCGACACGCGUGUCUCCCUCGCGCGCGCCCGUUCUCUCUUUCGCCCACUACUUCCAAGCGCCUGCUACGCAGGGUAAUCCUCGAUAGACCCUGUAAACCUAUUGCUGUUUUGCCGUUCUCGUUUCUUAAGCUCCCUAUUUCGAGGGGAAACUAGUGGUGCGGUCCUGAAAUGCCGGGUGUUUUCUCUUUAACUUUUAUUUUCUCAGCAAGGGUAACAGUCGCUCUUUUUUUUGCAGAGAAAGUAUGGUUCUUGUCCCCACGGAGGUUAUGGACUGGGACUGGAGAGAUUCUUGACUUGGUUACUAAACAGGGAUCACAUCAGAGACGUGUGUCUUUACCCACGAUUUACCGGAAGAUGUCGACCAUAA